CCUCCUUAAUUCCCUGCUCGCUAAGCGAGUACUAGUGUCAGUGAAGCUCGAUCGAUCGAUCGGAAUCUAUAUAUAGUAUGCCGUCGUCGGAGGUCCGGCCGGAGUUGUUGAGCUCGGUGAAGCUUAAGUACGUGAAACUGGGGUACCAGUACCUGGCGAACCACUUGGUGACCUUGCUCCUGGUUCCGGUCAUGGCGGGCUUCCUCCUCGAAGUCCUGAAGCAGGAUCCUGCCGAGCUGGUGGCGCUCUGGCGAGCCCUCGGCAUCACCGCCGUGCACACGCUGUCCACUUUCUUCGUCCUCGUCCUCGUCGGCACCGCCUACUUGAUGUCGCGGCCGCGCCCGGUUUACCUGGUGGACUUCGCCUGCUUCCGUCCCACUAGCAACUGCCGGGUGCCCUUCUCCACCUUCCUGGAGCACGCCCGCCUGAUGCCCUUCUUCAACGAGAAGAGCGUCCGGUUCCAGGUGCGCAUUCUGGAGCGCUCCGGCCUCGGCGAGGAGACGUGCCUCCCGCCGGCCAACCAUUACAUACCCCCGCGCGCCUCUCUGGAGGCGGCCCGCGCCGAGGCCGAGCUCGUCAUCUUCUCCGCCGUCGACGAGCUGAUCGCCAAGACCGGGCUUAAGCCCAAGGACAUCGACAUACUCGUCGUCAACUGCAGUCUCUUUUCCCCCACGCCGUCGCUGUCGGCCAUGGUGGUGAACAAGUACAAACUGCGCAGCAACAUCCUCAGCUUCAACCUCUCCGGCAUGGGCUGCAGCGCGGGGCUGAUCUCCAUCGACCUCGCGCGCGACCUCCUCCAGGCCCAUCCCAAUUCCUACGCCCUCGUCGUCUCCACCGAGAUCAUCACGCCCAACUACUACGCCGGCAACGAACGGUCGAUGCUGCUCCCCAACUGCCUCUUCCGGAUGGGAGCCGCCGCGCUCCUGCUCUCCAACUGCCGGAGGGAUCGCGGGCGCGCCAAGUACCGGCUGCUCCACGUGGUGCGCUCCCACAAAGGAGCCGACGACCAGGCCUACCGCUGCGUCUACGAGGAGGAGGACCGCGACGGCAACUCCGGGAUCAACCUCUCCAAGGACCUCAUGGCCAUCGCCGGCGAGGCCCUGCGGACCAACAUCACGACGGUGGGUCCUCUCGUGCUGCCGGUGACGGAGCAGCUCCGCUUCCUGGCGAGCCUCGUCGCUCGCCGCUUGAUGGGGGCGGCGCGCCCCGGGUGGAAGCCUUACAUCCCCGACUUCAAGCGCGCCUUCGAGCACUUCUGCAUCCACGCCGGCGGGAGAGCCGUCAUCGACGAGCUCCAGCGCAGCCUGCGGCUGUCGCCCGACAACGUCGAGGCGUCGCGCAUGGCGCUGCACCGCUUCGGCAACACCUCCAGCAGCUCGCUCUGGUACGAGCUGGGGUACAUCGAAGCCAAGGGCCGCAUGCGCCGCGGCGACCGCAUCUGGAUGAUCGGCUUCGGCAGCGGCUUCAAGUGCAACAGCGCCGUAUGGCGCUGCCUACGCUCCGUCUCGACGCCGGUCGACGGCCCGUGGACGGAGUGCAUCCACCGCUACCCGGUGGACAUCCCCGAGGUGGUCAAGCUGCUGUAAUAACUCCCCUUACGUCCCCUCUCUCUCUCUCCCUCUCUUGUCAUCUUUAUUUAUAUAUAGUUGGUUAGCAGUUUCUCGUCCAUGGUAUCGUCCUCAAGCUAGCUCGUGUAUUAACGGCAAGAUUAUCGAUCAGGAUUACGACGUGCAUUGCAUGCUCCUCAUUA